AUGCAGCAUGAUCCUAUUUCAUUAUGCAUUAAAUCAUCUAAUGUUAAUGGUUAUAUUAGUACUAAUCAUUCUUUCAAUCUUGAAUAUCUUAUGCAACUUCAGGGUGGUGAGUUAUAUACUUCAGCCCUUCAAAAUAUCAAUAAUACUCGGUCAAAAUACGGAUAUGCAUAUGGAUUGAUAAAAAGAACCAUUGAAGUUGCUAUCAAUACCAACUUAUAUGAUGAAUUAAUCGGAUUGCCUCCCGAUAGAGCUAAAAGUGUUAUUGAAAUUCAAGAAUCGAAUACAAGAAAAUGUUAG